AUCUACAGGCAAUGUUUGGUGAGUGAAAACAUUCAUACAAUAUUUACACACCUAUUCAUACAAUUUUAUGAUUUUUUUCAAGCAUUCAAACUCAAUUACUUCAGAAAUGUGAUUCUGAGGAUUAGCAUUAUACAUCCCUGAGGGCUUUAUUUGAACCUAUUCUUUACAUGUUUGAAAGAUAUAUUUAAUAAGAAAGCAGGUUGAACCAGUUCAAUAUUUUAAUUGAUUACUUUACUGUUUUAGGUGCAACAUUUAUAAAACUUAUUUAAUUUUUGUUAUUGUAUAUUGUUCAAUACAAAAAGUUUAUAUUUUAGGAUAUUGGCGUUUAUUGGAUUUUGAUUAUAUGACUCGAGUUUUCACUUUUAUUUUAAAUCUUGUGGAUUCUAAUUCUUGGCCAAUUAAUGAGAUACCGGAAAUGAAACUAUUAGAUACUUUAGAAGAUUUAGAACCAAGAGAAAUUGUAAAACAAUCUUUAUAUUGGUUUGCUGAUUUCACUGAGAAAGUUGAUGAUGAUGGUGAUAAAUUUUUUAAACUAAAUGAAAGGAAAGUUUGCCGAUUUUAUGCAGAAAUAUUAUUACGACCAGCUGGAAAGUUUUGUCCACAGAUAUAUCUAUGAUGUAAACAUCACAACUACAGG